AGCUUACAAUAACUAAAGAAGACCAUUAAUUCUUCCCCCACUAAAAUUCAAAGCUUUUGUUAUCUCUUUCAUUAAUACUUCUUCAUCUUCUUCUUCUUCUUCUUUUCUCUUUCAUUCAUCUUUCACCAAAAUUUCAACAUUCAUAUCACAAAAUUCAGCCAUGUUUGUCUAUCUCACAUAUCUUCAUCAAAAACCCAUCUGAAAAAACCCAAAAUCCCCAAAAAAAUCCGACCCAUUUUCAGCCAUGUUUAGCUAUCUCAUACUACAUCAAAAACCCAUCUGAAACCAGAAAUUGUUCCGACCCAUUUACCCAUUUUCAUCGAUAAACCCGACCCAUUUAUCCAUUUCUGUAUUUAGGGAUAGAGAUGUACAAGAACCAGUUACAGGAGUUAGCACAGAGGAGCUGUUUCAAUUUGCCCUCUUAUGUAUGUAUAAGAGAAGGUCCUGAUCACGCGCCGCGCUUUAAGGCCGUCGUUAACUUUAACGGCGAGAGUUUUGAGAGCCCUCAUUACUGCUCAACACUCCGGCAAGCUGAACACGCCGCCGCUGAAGUUGCACUUAACGCCUUAUCUAACCGUGGUCCUUCUCACUCUCUAGCUGCACGUAUACUUGAUGAAACAGGCGUCUAUAAAAAUCUGUUGCAAGAGAUAGCACAAAGAGUUGGAGCUCCUUUGCCUCAGUACACAACCUAUCGGUCAGGACUUGGCCACCAACCUGUGUUUACAGGAACAGUAGAAUUGGCUGGAAUCACAUUUACUGGUGAACCUGCCAAGAACAAAAAGCAAGCUGAGAAGAACGCUGCCCUGGCAGCUUGGUCAUCGUUGAAACAAUUGGCACAGCAAGAUGCAAGUUUAUCAUCUGAACUGGAGAACAACGACGAGCAGGAACAGAUCAGAAUAGCAAGAGCCUUACUGAAUUACCGUUUGAAGGAACAGUUAGAAAUGGCCAAAUCUGGCAAGGUUCCAAUACCAUUCCAGAAGAAAUUUCCAAUUCCAUCUCCUCGACCAUCAAGUCCACAGCGUCCUGCAGUCACGACAUCCAAAAUACUCCCCUUAAUCUGCCCGAAAACAGUUAAUCGUUACAGAUCGUCCUCCACGACAAUAAAUGACAGCCAUUCCUCAUUAUCACAGCCGCUGCCCCAAUCACAAACUUCCUCAUCAGAAGGCCGCACAGUUUCCACCCGGAUAUCUCCUGCUCCAUAUAUGCCAGUAAGACAAUAUACUAGGACACCUUACCAUGGUAUUGCUCCGCCUGUUACAAUUAGAACAGCCGUGCCAGUUUUCUCUGCACCACCUCGUCCACAAUCUACCGGAUGCCCAGCUCAAAUGAUGCAGGCCCGACCAGUUCGAGUUGCACCACCUGUCUGUAUUAGGCAGGCUAUCCCGGUAUAUGCUGCUCCACCAGUCAAAAAGGAAACUGUGGCACAUGCUACUACUACACUAAGCAGGCCAUCAGCUCAACCUGAGGAAACUGUGGCACGAGCUACAACUGCUCCAAGCAGGCCUUUAGCUCAGCCCAAGGAAACUGGGACCAAUGCUGGCACUGAGGUUGAUGAAUCAACGGCAAUGAAGUGCUUGGAGGAGCUCAGUUUAUGACAGUGGCUUGGUCCUUUGAAUCUACCAAUACCUAUGUCAAACAUUUUUGUUGUCUUCUUUUAGUGCUUGGUGCUUGAACAAACAAAGGGAAAUGAAAUGCUUGGGAAGUUCAGAGAAUGAUAGUAACUUUGGACAUAGUUAAGCUAUUGAUAUCUAUGUUAACAUUUCUGUAUCUACUAGCAUAAUUUU